AUGUGGUGUAUGCAGGGCUGCAUCCCUGCAUAUUUGGCCAAUACACUUAGGGAUAUGCUUCACGGGCCAGGCAGGGCCUCUUCCUCACCUUGGAGGUUGCUACUGAGGAGCGCCUGUCAUAUGUUAAAGAAGAAUAUAAUAAAAUGCUGGAAGAAUACACAAUAAGAGAAAGAGAACUGGAAAUAUUACAUGGACAGAUGAGUGAACAAAAUGGAGAUGAGCAUCAGGUUAGAGAACUAUUGGCAUCUUCUGAAACAGAGAUGUUAGAACUGGAGGGAAGACUGCAUGCAUUAAGGACACAGACAAAUGAGGUUGCUCUGUACCAGGAGAAAGUCACCCAGUCAGAACAAAAUUUAAUAACUUCAAAAAUCAUGUACUUUAAAGUGCAAGAUCAAGCAGAAAAGUGUAGAGUAUUGAUCAAAGAACAUGCACAGGAAACUGAAAAAUAUCGUAAAAAGAUUGGUAAUGGACAACAUCAUCGAGGUGAUGCAGAUGCUGUACACUCUUCUGGAAGCUCAAAUUCCGAUUCCAUCCCUGAAAGCAAUUACGUACUUGGUGUUGCAAGUUCUGAAUACGAUGAAUUAGUUGGAAAAGCAAUCCUAAGGUUACGGGUAGUUACUUUUGCAUAA